AAUUCGAUGUUUGUUGGUCAUAUAAUCACACAUACACACACUGUUAUUCUUGAUCAACUUGGCGUUUUGUAUGUUUGUGUGUGUGUGUGUGUGUGUGUGUGUGUGUGUGUGGUGAGCAAGCAAGUGUGUUCAUGCAGAAUAUAUGAUUCAAGGAUCUCUAUGUGAAGAAAUUUAUUUUAAUGGCCUUGGUCAUAAUGUUAUCUAUACGUUCUGUAUGUUUCUAUUUUUUAGCAUGUUAAUAUGUUGUCAUCAUCGUCAUCGUCAUCGUCAUUUGUAUAAUAUAUAUUUGAGAAUUGACGCGCCAAAAAAAAAUACAAAAAACAAAAUUCCUAUUUCAUAUUGAAAUUUCGAUUAAUUCCAGAUUGAAUUUGCUGAAUCAAUUCUAUUCACUGUUUGAAAAGUUAUCCAAUGUAAAAAUUGUCAUAAAUAAUAUUGCUACUCAUUUUUUUUUUUUUUUUUUGAUGGUGCAAAAUGAUAAUGAUAACACAAAAUUAACCAUAACUCGUAUAAUCCAUUAAUGGACAUAUGGUCGUUUUGCAAGAUCUAUGGAUGUAUUGUGUUUGUUUUGUCUAUUUUUGGCAACAACAAAAAAAAACAACAAACAAAACAAAAAAAAACGAUUUUAUUCUUAAAAUGAUUGCUACUCAUUUGUUAUUAUUAGUAGUAAGACCCUGAAUCCAAUUGAACUAAACCAAAAAUAAAAACCAAACGUACAUCAUGUUAUUUCGUAUGUAUGCAUCAAAUAUUCUAUUCGACGUGCGUGCGUGCGUGUGUGUGCGUCUAAAUUGUCUAAAUUGGAAAUUAUCCCAUAAUAACUAAUGAUAGCCAAAUGAAAUGAAAAUGAUUCUCUCAAUGAUAUUGAAUCAUCAUUGAAUAUAUAAAUUCAAAAGUGCAAAAAAACUAUUGUUCUCUGUGUUUGACAAGUUAUAACAUCCAUUACAUUCCAUUUUUGUAAAUUCUUUUAGCUGUUGCUGUUUUGAAUUCUUGAUUUGAAACUAAUGCAAACUAUAAUAACAACUACGUUAUCGAAUAAAAACGAAAUAAUGAAUAUCCAAUGGGUCAAGGACAAGAUCACCUUGGGAAACAUAUUUAAUCGCCAUCAACGAUUCCAACGUAAUGAUUCUUCGAAUUCAAAUUCGAGUACAAAUUCCGCACCGGUUACAGCCACAAGUACGCCCAUUGCAACGCCUGUACAUCAUCAACGUAUGGGUAGCAAAAUUGGUCGAAAUCAAUCACCGGUCCCUGCUGUCACAAAUCAUCAUCCUCAACACCAACCAAAUUUGGCCUAUUCAAAUCGACAGAAUAGUUUUCCUGCACCGAGACCAAAAAAAUAUUCACAGACAUCAGGUGGCCACCCUAAAUUGGCUGUCAAAUCUAAUUCAGCUAGUUCAAUCAUUGCUAAUCAUGGAACAUCAAGUGGAAGUUUACGUCGUCGCCGUUUCAAACAACAAUAUCAAGCACGGAUGACCGAACGACGAUUGUCGAGACAAGGCAGUUCCUGCACAUCUAUAUCCACUAGCCAGGAAUAUUCUAGCACUGGAACGAGUAUAACAGCGAAUCCGGUGGUGGAUCGUUUAUUAGAUUAUAUUCGAGAAAAUUACACCAAACAAAUGGAACCGUUUCCGUUUGAAAUUGGCAAAAAGUUUCGCCUGACUUCCUUCGCUUCAUUUCGAAUGGAAUCAGGUCAACUAUAUGGUACAUCAAAUUUCGAACGAAUUGGUGAUUCGAAAUUGAUCAAAUCAGCCGAUGAAUUCACCCAGAUCAUACUCGCAUCGAAUAUAUUAUUCAGCGAUAUAUUGGUAGAGAUAUUAUUUUCUGCCAAAAUUGCUCGCUUUAUGAUGCGUGAUAAACAUUUACGAAUAUUCAUCGAAAAAUGUAUUGUAUAUGUUGAGAUGGCCAUCGAUCAUACAAUGUCGGCCAAAAUUAAAAUCUUACGACUUGUGUCCAUGGAUGGUGUCGAGGCCAGAACUCGUGGCAUACCAUUUCCAUUAAAUAAAAGUUUCGAUGCUUAUGCAUUGAAAACUGUACAUACGAUGGCAGCCAAUUCGGAACAAUACACCAAUAAUAUUGUCUCCAUCGUCAAUCAAUUCUGUGAUAAUCUCAUCGAAAAUGCACUCAAAUCGCUUAGUUUGAUGGAUUUGUUCUGGUAGUUUCGAUGAUCAUUUACAGAAAACAUCUUAAUACAACGAAACCGGUCCUAAUACCAUCAAAUAAUUUUCCCAUAAACAUUCCAUCUAUCCAUUAUUUUUUCAGAAAAUCAUCCUAAAUUUUACAAAUUUUCCUUGAUUAAUUAAAUGGUCAAAAAUAAC